AUGUUCUUGAAAGCUUUACUUGCCCUCCAUGCGGCGGCAGCACUGAUAUCGAUGUCGCAGGCCGUGCCCUCCAACGCUCUCGAAAGUCUUUUAGCGUCUCCUUGCCCGGAAGCAUUUACUUAUGGAACGAUUGAUAAGCCAGGUUAUUGGACAGGAAACCUCGUCUUAAGAUCAGAUCAUGACAUUAGUGGAGUCUGGAUCAGGCUGAUAUUUGAUAAGGAAGUUGAGAAAGUGACACUAAACAGCCAAGAAUUCAUAAUAAAACUCUCGGAGGACCGUAAAACGGUCAAACUUCAAAGCCCAGAUAUGUUAUUGAAAGCCGAUAAUGCAAAACUUUUGGAAGUCACUGUAAACUACAAAGGAUCUUCCUUCCCUAGUCUACAAGAAUAUCGAUUGAAUGCGAGAACAAUAUGCCCCCAGAAAAAUCUUAACCGACACGAUGUGUUUCAUGGAGAUGCUAACGCAGAUUACUUCUUAUCAAGUAUUCAACAUAAGCCAGAAUUUCCAAAACUACCAUUUGAAUGUGGCGUUUCUUAUCCAUCUAACCAAUAUCCUUGGCAAGCAUCUAUCUACCUUCAUAUUGCCAAAGAAAAAAGAUAUGCUUGCGAAGCUCUUCUAAUAAGUUCCAAUUAUUUGUUAACAAGUGCUCACUGUGUUACUUUUAUAAAUGAUACUCAGGUCAUUCCACGAGCAUUCGUAAAAGUUUACCUUGGCAGUGAUAAAGAAACAAAGGAUCAACAUUUUGUCCGCGAAAUAUUGGUUCAUCCAGGUUAUAGAGCUGAUUCAAUUAUCGACGAUAUUGCUAUUAUCAGACUACUAGACCACGUCGACGUAAAUAAAGACUAUAGACCAGUUUGUUUGGGAACUGAAAACGGAGAUAGUGGCAAAUUAGUUAUUACUGGUUUCCAGAUUGGAAAAGAUGGAAUUGUUGGAAAUCUUCUCGAAUCCAAUGUUUUGAGAAUCGACAAUAAAGAAUGUAUAACAGUAACACCCUACCUAAAGGAAGUUUUAACCAACGACAAUUAUUGCGUAUCAUAUAAAUCAGAUGAUAAAAACUGUGUUGGAGAUUCAGGAAGUGGGUUAAUUGCUUUCAAGGAUAAUAAGGCAUCAUUAAAAGGACUCGUCAGCGUAGGAAUUAAGCUGCAAAAUAAGGAAGUUUGUGAUGAUCACACCAAUGUAGUAAUUCUCGAUAUUUCGGAUUAUCUACCUUGGAUUUACAACAUUAUUUUUUAAAACCAUUUAUUAAACAAC